AUGCCGCCGGCACGACCACCCAACAACAUCGACGAGGACUCCGAGCUCUCCGAGCUCACAGAAGACGACCAAGACGGCUCUGCCACCGUGGACAAGCGUGCCGCAUCAGCAGCCGCUCAUUCAUCUUCAAAGGAGAUCCCAGUAGCCUCUGAGGAUGAUGACGAUGACAAGCACAGCAGUGCCCCCAGCUCACCGAGGCAGACCAGGCGCCAGACCCUCAAUGCGCGACGUGGAAUCGGACCACGUCGGAAGCGGAGCAGCAUCGUUCCAGCACCCAUGUGGGGGUGGGCCGAGUCAAAGGGCCCACCCCCCGCGACUCCCCACAAAGACAAGCAGGAGGAGGAGGAGGAAGAGGAGGAGCAGUCGGACCUUCCUCGGCCCAUGGAGGAAGAGGAGCCAGAAGAGGAGGAGGCUGAGGAAGACGAUGAGGAUGGUGAAGAAUCCGGUGGUGACGCGGAUGGCGGGCGCAAGAGGCGGGUCGCCGUCCGAUCAUACGUGGGCAAGGUCCGUGGCGGAGGCAGACGACAAGCGGCAGCUGGUAAGCGCUCCCAACGGCCUGCUCCGGAUGAUGAGGACGACGAAGAGGCUGAACCUAUACUCAACGGCGAUGACGAUGACGGCUCCGCCUACGGCGAUUCGUAUCCCCCCUCCAGGAAGAAACGUGCCGCAAAAUCCAAGAAGAAGAAUGGCGUCAAGCCCCGAAGCAAGACCAACGGAAUGCCAAAUUCUGAAGACGAAAGCGUCAAUGAGAACACCGAGUCUGGGUCUGAGGCUCCUCAGCCACCUCCACCUCCAUCUCCCUCAAAGGCCCAGGGCACCCUGCAAGGCCCUUCGAUCGCGUCAAAUUCAGCUGCUUCAGCAUUGACUGCCCUCGCAGCUGUCGCUGAUGCGGUUGACCCGACUUCGCCUACGUCCCUCUCUGCUGCAGCACUUUCUGCCAUUCCGUCGAUCCCACCUCCCCCAAUCUCCGCUUCGACAACAGCUGAGGCCACUCCCCUCGGAUCCCCGUCUCCUGCUCCAAAGCCUCGUCGUACGAUCAUGAGGCAUCUAUCUGGUUCAAAGAGACGUCUUCCUCCACCACUUGACUUGAAGAUUGAUACUACGCCAGACAAGCCUGUUAUCGAAGACGAUGACAUGGAGGUGGAUGAUGCUGAGGAGGAGGCUGCAGACCAAUCCAUGGAGAAUGGUGAUGUCGACAUGGAUGGCGAGGAAGCUGACCACGAGGAAGAGGAAGAUGAGGACGAAGAUGGUGAGGAGGAGGUUGAAGAAGCAGAGGAGACCUCCAUUCACGAUGACGAGGAACCUGCUCAAGCGGAUGUCGAGGCUGAUGAAGAGGCUCCAGAAGUGGAAUCAGACGCGGACGAAGAAGUCGUUGAGCCUGAAGGCGACGAGGAACAGGACCAGGACCAGGACCAAGAUCAGGACCAAGAUGCUGACGCACCCGAGGCCGAAGUUGAAGGGGAACGGGAACAAGAGCGCGACGAAGGAGAAGAGCGUUCUCCCGACGGCGAGCUCGACGAACAUGAAAUCGAGCUCCAGCCCGCACACCGUGCCGAAGCCCUGGACGCCCUCGCGGCUAUUGAGCUCAAGUUCGCUCUGUUGCGGGAGAUGGUCUACAUUGAGAGUAUGGAAGAACUGGCUUGGGAGGAGCAGUUGGUGCAGAGCGCUACGCAUCCCGAGAUGAUUCAUCUCCAAAAAGAACUUUCAAAACGACGCGACAAACGCCUGGAGCUCGCUUCAAGGAAGAGGUCUUACGAGGUCGCCAAUGCUACGCAACGUCGAAAGACGGACGAGGGUGCUGUUUGGAGUUGGUGGAAGUUCUCCACGGAAGAGCUGCAAACCGACAUGAUUUCUGAAACGAAUCGCAAACGCAGAAAGCUCGAGAGGGACCGUAGAGCAGUUGAGAGGCCUCAGCCAAUUCGGCGUAUUCCCUUUCCACCUCACCCAGACAUGCAGGUCGCUUUACUUCCGCCACCUUCUCUGCGCAAAGUUAUCAAGUCAUACCCCUUCGGAACGCGCAAACAGAACAAAUCGGAUCCCCACCACCAUCACUCACACCAUUCUCAGUAUCCGAAAACCCUGGUCUACCCCGAGAUAUCAACACUCUCAUCUACGGAUAUCGCGAACGACUUGGAAUUCCUUUACCAGAAUCGACGCAUACUGUCAGGUUACGACACGCAUCUAUCUGGCUUCCCAUUGCAGCAUUUCGCUCCUGCUCCUCAACGCAACGGCUCAGGAUUGGGAUUUGGGAUUAGUAGUGGACUAGGGAUAGCCAGACCUGCCAACAGUCUAAGUGUGGGCAUCAAUGGAAGUGGCCUCCCGCCUCCAGCACAGUCGAUGAUGGGUGGCCCUCCGGGAAUGCACCAACAUGGGCUGGGUUACGAUCAAUAUGGAGAUGGGUACGGACCUCCUUCGGGUUCAGGGAGGAUGCGAGACCACUCGAUGGGAGGCUACCCUCAUGGCACUAGCGGUGGGCCCCUUCCCCAGGGUCCCUCUGGAAGCGUGAGGGAGUCGACAAACGCAUAUUCAAGCUUCUCUGGGCCUGGCGGGAGGUUGCAACAAGCGUCCCGGAUGCCAGGAUACCCACCAGAGCAUGAGAUGAGCACCAUCGGUCCACCUCCAGGUCCGAAUCACGCUGGAGGUGGACACCAGCUUAUGCCCCAUCAUCCGUACUUCAGUCAGGCAAGCGUUGGCCCUGGAGGACCUGCUAGUAAUCCUUACCCUUCUGCGACCUCUUCUUCUGGCCACGGAUUGGCCAACCAUCAAAGUUCUGCUGCGAUGAAAGGCAUGAAUGUGAAUGGACGAAGGUCAAUCUCGCCUGUUCAUAUAUUGCCCAAUGGUUUGUCGAGUACGAAUCCCAAGAACAACGGUACCCGGAUGGGCGACGGAAUGGGCAUGAUCAAUGUACCUCUUGGAGGAAGUGGUGGGAAGAGUGGAGAUCGGGAUGGGAGAAUGGCGCAGGAAGAUGAAGAAAGGGAGAGGGCUAUGCGUGAGAGGGAAAGAAGUCGGAAUAGAGACGAACGUGACCGAGACAGCCAGCGGGAUAGGGAUUUCGACAGGCGUCGAGAAAAGGAGUACCAGGAACUGGAGAGAGAACGGGCCCGCGAGCAUCAGCACAUGCAACAUCGUCAGUCUCAGCAACCCCCUACGUCUGGGACGUCGCACAUGCACAGCGGCGGUGGCCCACCACCGAUUCAAGGAUCUGGCGGCGUCGACCCUCAUCACCAUCACUCUGGGCACCGACACGCACCCCACCACCACCAUGUCCUUCAUCGCCACCAUCAAGGACCUCAGCAUGCUUCUUCCUCCUUGCCCCCUCCUAAUACCUCUGGUCCUGGAGCACCUCCCAUCACGCACAGUCCAAGGUCCACCAGAGAUUAUGAAGCAUCGCGCCCUCCUUCGAUGCAUUCCGGCCCUGGACAACCGCAUCCCACGGAAGUCAUUAUGCUUUCUUCAGGCGGAAAGGCACCACAACCAUCCGCAGGCCCCAGGGACCGAGACACCGCUAGUCAAUGGCCUCUUAAGGGCACCGAGGACGCGCACCAUCUUCCACCAGACUAUCGAGACCGCGAUCGCGAUGCGAGAGAUAGAGACGCGCGCAGCAAGAUGUACGCCGGACAGCGACCACCCUCUCGUCCUCCUAUGAUUCCUUUGGAUCCUCUGGAUGAUCGCGGGGAUCGCCCAAUGGCAAUACCUUUCGUGAUGGCGCCGAGUCACGCUAUUCAACCAGCCUCUUCUAGCUCACACCUGAAUGGCUCGGGCAUAGGCAGUUCUGCUUUUUCGCCACGAGGAGCUCCUCCUUCAUGGAAUACUCCGGCAGGAGAAGACCCUUCGUAUCGUAUGCCAUCUGCUCCUCCGCCUAGUUAUCUAGAUGGGCACACUCGGUCUCCAGUUCAAGGUCAUCGAUACCCAGCAAGCGGAGGAUCGCACGCCUCUCCGUUGACUCGCAUGGCCAACAGCAGUUCGUCUUCAUCGUUACAUAGGAUCGGAUCGCCUCCUUUGCCUUCAAGUCGUGUCCGACCCCCGCAAAGCCCCUCGUAUUUGCACAAUCCACAUCGGUCGCCAGUAACGAGUCCAAAAACACGGCCUCUAUCACCGGUUCCUAACAGUAAGCCUACAAUACUUUCUGGAGGAGCUGCUGCUGGGUACACAUUAUCUCCCAAACUCUCGGGCCCUGGGCGUACGGCGACACCAACAGGGCAUCACCCUCCAUCACUCACAACGACGUCGUCAGGUGGACCACCAUCUGGCAUGAUCAUGAAGAACGGAACUGGUCCUUACCCAGUCAGCAGCCGGACGGCAUCACCCCUCAUGUCGUCAUUACAUGCGCCUCCGUCGAAUAGUGGCAGGCCGACAAUGAACGGAGGAGGCGGGAGUAGUGCUCUUGAUCGGGAUCGGAUUGUCGAUCGAGAGCGGCACCUUGUGGGCGCGUCGUCGCCCCGGCUUAGUGGUCCGUCCAUGCCACUCCCCCCUCCAUCCAAGUUGAGUACGGCUCAAAUGGUCGAUGGCCAUUGA